GGACGUCCCUUCAUAUGGAGACCCUUCCACACGAUGAUGUCAUGAGCAGAACCCUCCCACAUGGUGAUGACAUGAGCAGAACACUUCCACAUGGUGAUGACAUGAGCAGAACCCUUCCACACGAUGAUGUCAUGAGCAGAACCCUCCCACACGGUGAUGACAUGAGCAGAACCCUUCCACACGCUGAUGACAUGAGCAGAACCCUCCCACACUGUGAUGUCACACUGAUGUGGUGGGCACCAGCCAGUGCCUGUUGCAUAAAGUGCAGAGCACUGCAGGGUGCAGAGCAGAGCAAGCAGCAGAUGCCUGACGGCCUCUUGCCUCUCCUCUCUUCCCUUGCGGAGCAAGUGGAGGAGUGUUCUGGGAGAAAUGAAGCGUUCAAAGGUUGAAAGUGGGGCCCAGUCCCAAAGGAGAUUACUCCAGAGCCACUCUGGACUAUCUUCUCAAGGGAUAUCCUUUUUGGAUCUGAGUUUUGAGCAGCGGCUGCCGUCGUCCUUGAAGAUGGCUGAGAAGACGGUUGAGGCUGAGAUGAGGCGCCAGCACAUCCAGUUUCAGACAGCGCUGGACAGGAAGAAGUUUUAUGCUGACCGUGUGAAGCAGCGACUGCAGGCGCAGCGAGAAGAGAUCAAGUCCCUGACUCGGGAACACGAAGACAGGGCCUUAACACUGGCUCAGAUCCUGUCGCAGAGAAACGCUGAGCUGGAGGAAAGGAAAUGUGAGGAGCUCCAGCAAUGUUUGCAGGCCAAGUAUCAGUAUGACUUACUGAUCAGGGAGAGAAAAGCCCUGUUAGCUGACCUGGACAAAGAGAUCCUGGAGCUGGAAGAAAAGGUGGCAGUGCAAAACCAGAGAGCAGUGAAGGUGAGGCAAGCCACAGAUAUGUCCAGGCUGGAAAAGCAGAAGGAGACCCUGGAGAUGCAACUAAACCACGACACUGUUCAUUUUGACACAAUCGUGGCCAACAAUCGGGAGAUGCAAGAAAACAAUGAGAAACUGCAAGCUCACAAAGCCAUUCUGGACAACUGGUACCUGAAGCACCAGCAGCAGCUGCAGGAUCAGAGGAGGAAGAUGAUCACUGCUGUGAUGGAGUCCACAGAAGCCUACAGGCAGCGGAAGGAGACCCUGGCCAGGAUUUCGGUCAUCGAGGAAAGACACAGCAAAGACGCUGUUCUGUUCAAGAAUGAGCUGCAGGAGCGGCAGCGUCUCCGUGAGCACAGGGACAAGUUAAGAAGCUUCAUGAGCACCAAGCUGGCUGAUCGCUCUCAGCUGCUGCAAGAGGCUGACAAGAGAAGAGCCUUGAAGGCAAGAGAGCUGGCCAAGCGGAAGAGAGACGUGGAGGCAGUGUACCAGCAUAUACAGGAGAUAGCAAAGGAUGGCAACAUUGAGGAAAUGCUGAAAGACUUCAGGAGGAAUGAGAAGAAAAGCACUGCCCUCUACAACCAUGCCAUGAAGCUGGUUGAUGAGAAUGAGAAGCUGAAGCGGUUGAUCAAGGAUGUGGAGGAGGAGAUGUCGGCCAUUGUGAGGCAGGAGGAGGACGCUCAGAGCAGGAACCUUCACAUUCUGCAGGAGCUGGAGGACAACCUGGCACAGAGCUUCGUGGCAACCAACAAGAGUGAGAGCAGAUGGCAGUCAACCAGAGAACAACUGGACCAGCUGCAGCCCGUCGUGGCAGCUGUGCUGGAAGCUGUGGGCUGUGAGGCCAGAGAGAUCCUGUGGCAGCUGGGAGCAAAGGGGCAGGUGGUGGAUGAGAACCUGAUGCAGUGUCUGGAGCUCUUGGAGAAGAGGAGCAAGGAGCUGCUGCUGCAGCAGGCGGUGCUGGAGCACAUGGAGGGAGCUGCUGCGGGUCGGCCCCGCUCCGCCUCCAUGGUGUCUGACAGCCCCAAUCUGCUGGAGGAGAUAGAGCAGGCCCAGCCCAGCUUCACGGUCCCUGGGAUGCGCAGCGUCCCGGACACCAUCGAAGCCUGGGAGGAGCCGCUGGAGCGGGAGCAGCUGCGGGGGCUGGUGCUGCAGAGCCGGGAGCAGCAGCCGGGCCCGGAGCCCUGAGGUCCGCGCCGUGGUCUCCUCCUCGUGGCCUCUGGCAGCCGUGGAUUCCUGUUCCCCCCUUCUGAAGUGACUCGUGCCUCUUCGACUUUGACCUUUGCUUCCUCCCUGCUCACCACUCUCCUGCCUGGGACCACGUGCUGCGUUUGGCUGCUGCUGAAGGAAGGAGCCAGCCUGGAGGAGCCAUGGCAGUUUGCUUCGUAGUCUGGCUCUGGGGACAGACUGCAGAGUGCACCCUUUGCAGAACAUACGUGUAGAAUAAAGUA